CAGUUGAAAAUUAGCUGUUAACUGGUGAAAAAUAUUGGCAAUUCAGAAAAUUACCUAGAAAAUAUCGAUGUAUAUUUUAUACCACAGCCAGCGUAGACGGCCCAGCCAGUGCUAGGGCUAGCCCGACCGGCAGUAGCAUAUCGGCCGGACUUGUUGGUGAUCUUCUAUCCUCUCCAGCAGUAUGCUGAGGGUGUGCACGACCCUAGUCGCACGCAUCAUCAAUCUAUUCUUAUCACUUCCCAAAUCGCCACACACUUGUUCAAGAACUACGCCAGAUAAAGAAUUUGCCCUUUCUACAUCACAAGCCCACAGAUAACUACCAGGUCCAUGAAAGUACCGAAACUCAAGCUCUACCACCUUUUGGCGGUCUUGUUUUACAUGGCUCACCCCCUGUCAUGCUCACUCAUAGAUGUUAGCUACCCCGACCUCAGCACGGACAGGGCACUGACGUCCGACUCCAACACCGACCUCGUGCUCAUCUUCGUAGCGGUGUUUUCCUUCUUGAGUCUUGCGUUGCUUGUUUCGUGUAUAGCCCUAUUGAUUGUAUUUAUCAGGAGAAGACUAGCGGUGUCUGAAGCAGAACUCAUACGACAAGAAGAGAACCAGGUGUACCUCGAGCUCGACAGCGAUGAACAGGAGUUGUACUUCCAGUCCAAAGAGUACUUGGCGGAAAACCCCUACUUUCGAAACGAUCUUACCCUCUCACAGAAUCUCCUUAUUCUGGAAAAGGGCAUAGGAGCAUGGGAGUUUGUCAAAGAUGCUCUCUUGACGAACCACGAGUUGUUGAUCCUCAACAAGUACGAGUUAAACUUUUUCAAACCCAUGGAGUGCUCGGUACUGACCAAUCUUCCGAUCCCUACCAAGAACGAUGUCUACUACUUUGAAAGCAAAGUCUACAGUCUACCCAACGUGGAGAACACCAAGAUCAGCAUUGGGAUGGGUGUCAGGCCCUAUCCUUGGUUCCGGCUUCCAGGAAGACAUGCCCAUUCGGUUAGCUACGAUAGUGAUGGCCAUCGAAGACACAACCAACCAUUCAAGGUUACCACCCCUCCACCAUUUCCUUCGUUGAUCGAAGGAGAUGUGGUAGGCGUUGGUUAUCGGGUCAGAAGUGGAACCAUUUUCUUUACCCGAAAUGGCAAGAAAUUGAGUGAAUCAAAACUUGGUGGACACAUUAAACACUUUAAAAUCCCCCACGAGGGCCAACUUUAUCCAAUUAUAGGAGCGAGUAAUUUAUGCUCGAUUCAUGUCAAUUUAGGCCAAAUGGGGUUUGUGUUUAUUGAGGCCAACGUCAAGAAAUGGGGGUUUGCACCGCUAGAAGGAAAUGGUCCUGCUCCCCCUGCCUACAAUAAGUUCAAUUCGGACAUUCUUCUUGAGCGGUCGGAGAUUGAUGAAAAUGACCUCAGUGAAAGAGACAGUGAUUUCCCGCCGGACUUUUGGCGGGAUCAGGAGGAGAUGGCCUAUGAUGAAGAUGAUGCCAAUGACAAGUUUAGUUAUAAUGCGUACAGUGAUGCGAAUUCGGUGGACGAGCGAAUUACUUUAAGCAGUCUUGUGCCGCCGAACAUGCCUCCGUCGUACGAGUCGGGGCUGGAUGCGGAUGAUGAAGGAGACGAGGCGGUAGAUAUGCCACUGCCGGGGAGUGCACCGGAGGAGUUGCAGGAGGUUGAGGUUCGGGAUUUGGAGGUUUCUGUGGAAGCUUCGCACCCCGAAGCUCUGGAAGUCAAUCUCCAUUCACGCGACUGCAAAGGUGUGGGGGCCGAAACGAGCACGCAGCCUGAUCCACAACUGUCUGAGUUGCCGCUUACCCCCACCACUCUGCCUCUUUCCCAGACACCCCGAUCCACCUCCCUGUAUCUCACCGAAACACCCACCUCGCCAUCUCACGUUCACCCAUGAUACCCUCCAUAAUAUCUUCAUAGUUAAUACAAUCAUCCUCG